AAGACGCGGUGAGAGACGCGCUGCAAGCCCAAAAAAUUCACUACAAGUGAUAAAAUUAGUGCGGAGGUUCAACCGUUCACUCGAGUUCCCGUAGCCACCAUGUCCACUCAAGAUGCAGCAUUCGUCUAUUUCAGCUUGGAAAGCAUCUAUUCAUUCAAUGACCAUCAUAAAUCGCUGAUAGAAAAAGCAACGAGGGAAACUCGGAAAAAGCUGCGCAUAGCUGUAUCUUGCCCUGCCCUUGCAUCCUAUCGGAAUGCAAUUGACGCUGUAUGGGAGCCGUUGCAGGAACUGUUAAGCCUAAUAUACGUUGCCCAGCUACAGCCAGCUUAUGAGACCGAGAACCCGCUACUAGAUGCAACUGCUGUUAUUGUUGAGCUGUGUGGCUAUGAGAUCGCUGUAGAUGAUAUCUACGAAAGAAUAUAUGUACUGGAAGCAGACAAGGAAACAGUACAUGAACUCAAUCAAAAGCGAAGUUCUGGCCCUUUGCCCGUACAACUUGUUCAAACGACUACAAAAUUGGUCGAUGACACAUCAAAAUCAGAGUCUAUCAACAACCGCAACGCGCGACAGUUUGAACAAGUGGCGGUAGGAGGCACGUUUGAUCACCUGCACGCAGGACAUAAGAUAUUGUUGACCAUGACAGCACUAAUUGCAUCUAAGAAGCUGUAUUGUGGUAUCACCGAUGAUGUAAUGCUGGCGAAGAAAAAGCAUAAAGAGCUUAUUGCAUCUACAGAAGAUCGUAUAAAGAAUGUUAAGGAGAUCUUGAGAAUAAUUCGAAAAGACAUUGAACUUUGCGUCGUACCUAUCACUGAUGCCUUUGGACCAACCGUUACCGAAGAAAAAAUUGAAGCUUUGGUAGUGUCUGCCGAAACCAUGGCAGGAGGAAACGCAGUCAACACUGAAAGAGCGAAGCUAGGAUGGCCCCCAGUUGAACUUCGUGUUAUCGAUGUAAUUUCGCCAACAAAAACCUCUGUUCACGGUCAAGAUAUCUCGGCAUUAAAAAUAUCAUCAACAUGGAUUAGAAACUAUAUAGCCACCGAUCAACGAGAUUAAAUAAAUACUUGGUGCUCACCCGCCAGUGCAGUCCAGCAAAUAUUAUCAAGUCAAUAGCAAUGCAAAGGAUUGGACGUUUAUUGUCUGGUUAGACAGGGCGUGAAACUCAAAAAAAAGGAACAAC